GCAAAAAAGCUGGCCCUCCAGGACCUGCUGGGCCCCAAGGCCCACCUGGACCACCUGGACCCCAAGGCCCCCCUGGCAUUCCAGGUAUCCCUGGCAUUCCAGGUACCACCGUGAUGGGACCUCCGGGACCCCCAGGACCUCCAGGCCCCCAGGGACCCCCUGGGUUGCAAGGCCCUACCGGCACAACAGAAAGAGCGGGACCUAGGGAUUCACAGCCAGCAGUGGUUCACCUCCAGGGCCAGGGUUCUGCUAUCCAAGUCAAGAAUGGUGGAGUUCUUAAUGACUGGUCUCGCAUAACGAUGAACCCGAAAGUGUUUAAGCUGCACACCCGGAGUGGCGAGCUGGAGGUACUGGCAGACGGCACGUACUUCGUCUAUAGUCAGGUAGAAGUAUAUUACAUAAACUUCACAGAUUUUGCCAGCUUCGAGGUGGUGGUGGAUGAACAGCCCUUUCUGCAAUGCACUCGGAGUAUUGAGACAGGGAAGACCAACUUCAACACCUGCUACACCGCUGGGGUUUGUCUCCUCAAAGCUCGGCAGAAGAUUGCUGUGAAAAUGGUCCACGCUGACAUCUCCAUCAACAUGAGCAGGCACACCACCUUCUUUGGGGCCAUUCGGCUAGGGGAUGGGCCCUCCUCUUAAGGACCUGAGAGGGGGUAGGGGGGCGGCUUCCCCAACCCACCUGCCUGUUCAAAAGAUUGGGAAGAGUCAAAGAACUGAUGAGAUAUUUAUUUUUUUAUGUAACUACAGAAAGCAAGCCAGGUUCCCCUUGGUUCCAUUGGAGCAGUGCUUAACAAUGGAGCAGUGCUAGGGACGAGACUUUCCACCUGAGCUGCAUAUAUCACAUCAGAGGCAGGUCACUUCCUUCCCACAACGGGCACUGAUAAGAGUUACUAUGGCAACAGAUGAUGGAAGGGAUGCAACUGAAUGCUCUCCAGGAAGAUGUAUGUUAACAGGAAACUUCUUUGUCUCCCUCCCCCCCCCCUCUAAUUUUUCAUACCAAAAAUACAUAGAAUGUGACCAGGACAUAUCCAAAUUCUGAUAUUAAUAAGUUUUAUGUUUAGAAGCUGGAGCUAUUGGUGAGGGACUAUUUAUAAAGCUGGAAGUCCCCUUUGGCAAAAACACACUACCCAGUUAAAAUAGUCAAUCCGAUUUCCCAAAGCUAAUGUGUUGUUACAGGCUUUUUAGAAAGGUUUCUUUCUGGAUUUGGGUUUCUAGUCUCUGUCUCUACCCUGAUAAGUUUGGUAUGUGGCAUUUCCCAAAGCAGUCUUGAUGCUUUUCUUGAAGACCAAGAUUAGCAGUGCGUGUGGAGGUCUUUCUUCAAACUUCCCUAUGGGCGUUUUCUUUUCUUAGUGAUCCGAGUCAGAGCAGUAAAACACAAUCUUGCCUUACACAGUGUGGACAGACAGCCUGUUUCCUAUUAAGAGAAGCUCAGGGAAGACAGUUAGGCAGUUCUAGGAUUGAGUUCAGAUUUGGGUGGAAUCUGGGAAGCAACUUUUUCCAUUGUGUACAGAUCAGUAUCAGCCAAGCUUUAAAGCGACUGCGCCCACCGGAUACUUUUAACGCUGUGAAUUAUAAUUGCAAAGACAAUACAAUACGAUGGAGCAAUUCUGG